GCGCUGGUGCCACGCUCAAGCAGUACAGGGAGGCCUUCUGGCGCGCCCACGAGGCUGCCCGGGCGGACCCGGGGCGCGUGCCCCGCAUGUGCGUGGGCAUCCGGGAGGUGCAGCCGCACGAGCUCCCCCACGAGGUCCCGUGGGAGGCGUCCACCCCGCGCGGGGACGGCGGCGGCCUGCACGGCGCGGAGCCGGGCGGCGUGCGGUUCGGCGAGGAGCAGGAGACGUGGCGGUGGCCCGUCCACGACAGGCCCGAGAUGACGAAGCCU